AUGACUGUGGAAUUAAAUGUUUUCCGGGUUAUCCAACAACAUAUGGAUUUUGAUGAUGAUGAAUUGCAUGAGUACAUUAGUGAGGUUCACUCUUUGCUUGAAUCUGUACCACCCAUGGAUAUUGCUAAAUGGCAGAAUGCAAUGGAACCACUUCCACUAUCUGAUUCCGAAUCUUCCCCAAUUCCUGAUGAACCACCUAAGCUUGAUUUGAAACCAUUGCCUGAUACUUUGAAAUAUGCUUUCUUAGGUAUCAUAUACCCAAUUCUAGAUAUCCAAUGGGUCAAUCCCAUUCAAGUUGCGCCCAAAAAGUCUGGUAUUACUGCAGUUCAGAAUGAAAUGAAUGAGCUAGUCCCCACUCGUGUAACCACGGGAUGGCGAGUUUGUAUUGACUAUAGGAAUCUGAACACAGUAACAAAGAAAGACCAUUUUCCUCUUCCCUUCAUUGACCAAAUGCUAAAAAGGUUGUCAAGACAUAGUCACUAUUGUUUCUUAGAUGGCUAUUCGGGUUAUAACCAGAUUCAUAUAGCACCCAAGGAACAACCAAAUACCACAUUUACCUGUCCUUAUGGAGCUGUUUUAGGUCAGCGAGUAGACAAACUUCCUUAUGUGAUCUACUAUGCUAGUAAGACACUUAAUUAUGCUCAACUGAAUUAUUCCACCACUGAGAAAGAAUUACUAGCUGUUGUGUUUGCAUUGGAUAACUUUAGAUCUUAUUUGAUAGGAUCUAAAGUCAUCAUAUAUUCUGACCAUGCUGCAUUGAAAUAUCUUCUGUCUAAGAAAGAUGUUAAGACUAGUGGUAAAGCUUGUCAUCUACCUGUUGAGUUAGAACAUCGUGCAUAUUGGGCUGUCAAGAAGUUGAACUUUGAUCUUGAUAAGGCUGGUACCCAAAGGAAACUUCAACUCAGUGAGUUAGAAGAAAUAAGAAAUGAUGCUUAUGGUAAGUUACGUUAUCGAUGGCACGGACCAUUCGUGGUACGUACUGUUUUCCCUCAUGGAGCUGUAGAACUUGAAAAAUCCAGCAACCAAGAUCAUCUUCAAGGUCAAUGGUCAGAGAUUGAAACACUUUCUGGAACCACUUCCACCAGAUGA